CAGCCUCCUAGUUGGGAUUCCUCGCUUGGUCUCUGCUGUCUUAAAUUCCUUGUCACUGUGACUGUUGGCGUUGCUGGCUGCUGCUCCUCCGGCUUCAACCCCUGCCCAGCCUGUCUCCCGUUAUCAAUCGCCAUCGCCAUCCUCACCGUCGCCGUCACAUCUUCUGGUAUUAUUUCUCGAACCUUGUCUUUGAUGAUUGACCCGCUUAGUCUCUCGUUCUUCGCCUAUCCCAAUAGCUCUUUUACCCACCAUCGUCCGUUCGCCCCCCCCACACCGCGUCUCCAACGUCGCCCACCGCCACCAGAUACCCCUGCAUUUCGUCAAAAUAAAAUCGCACCAUUAUCUCUUUUCGUCUUUGCCUCGAUUCUUUUCUUUCUUUUCCUUCUUAUAUACCCCAUUCCUGCGUGAUCCGUCUGCACAGACUGUGCGACGUGCCCCUACCGCGUUGGAGACGUGACUCCCAAGCUCGACGAUAAUAAUUACGCUCCUGUGGGGGAUAUCCGAUACCGUUUUUUUGUCCUUCGCCUUUUCGGAUUGUUCAUAAGUACUAGAAUUCAUUAUGGCUAGCGACCAGAAUAAGAAGCCAGCGGUGCUCAUUGUUGGAGGACUAGGAUUCAUUGGGCGUCAUCUCGCCCUCUACCUUCACGAGAAUCAGCUGGCAUCCGAAGUUCGUCUGGUUGACAGGGUACUGCCUCAGCUGGCCUGGUUGGCGCCUGAAUUCGAAGAAGCUUGCUCCAGGGAUAAAUUCGUCCAGGCCGAUGCUAGUCGUGAACAACAUUUUCCACGGAUAUUUGACCGCGCAAACGGCGAGCAAUUCGACUAUGUGAUCAACUGCGGUGGAGAUACCCGAUAUUCCCAACCAGAUGACGUCUACCAACUCCGAAGUUACAACCUAACAGUCACUCUGGCCCGCGAGGUGGCCCGUCGUGGCAUCCGUUCUUUCGUCGAGUGCUCCACCGGCCACAUCUACAAACCUGGUUCUUCCCCACGGAAGGAAUCGGAUAAGCAAGAACCGUGGCACAACCUCGCCAAGUGGAAGUUAAAGGCCGGAGAAGAAUUACAGAAAAUCCCCGGUCUCAAUUAUGUUCUGCUGCGGUUGCCACUCGUCUACGGUCCCUACGACUCGGGGUACUUCGCCAUGGGUAUCUGCCUGGCUCGCGUGCACAAAUAUUUGGAAAAGGACCUUGUAUUCCUGUACACUAAGGAUCUGAAAAUCAAUACUCUGUACGUCAAGGAUGCUGCCAGUGCCUUAUGGGCAGCAGCUGAGUGGAGGGCCAGCAAGGGCCCUGUCUCGUCUGAAAACCCUUCGAUCCCCCUACAAUUCAACGUUGUCGACCACAAUGAUACCCGACAGGAACACGUAGCCAAGGCUCUCAACGCAAUAUUUGAUCUCAAGGUCGAUUUCUUGGGUUCCCUGGGGUCUCAGAUUGCCAAACUCAAUCUUGACGAUGUCAUAGAUGACAUGAACGAGGAGACAUUGCAGGGUUGGGCAGAACUGUUGGAGAACAGCCAUGUUGAGCGUCCCGGUCCCAUCAGUCCAUUCCUCGAGCGGGAAGUUAUCAGAGACCAGGACAUGAGUCUCGACGGGUCUCUGUUCGAGUCAACUACUGGCUGGAAACCUUCCCGAGAACGUCUCGACGUAGACGGUAUUAGGGAAAUGGUUGACAGCUACAAACGCAUGGGAUGGUGGCCAUGACAGCUGUCAAAUAUUUAGCGAGCGCCACUAUUGUUGUAUUCUAUUUUCUUUGUAUUUUUCUUUCCCCCCCAUUUUCUACUCGCCUUACUUCAUUUACAUUUUUCUUUCCUUUUUUUUUUGUCUAAUUUUAUUGCGGUUCGAUUCCCUUCCAGCACAAUGGCCAGGUAGCCAGGAUGAUUUAUUUACGAAUAACCUCCCUCAUACCGCGAACGCAUCUGCUUUACUUUACCUACUUACCUAUCCAUCUAUAUAGCAAUGCAGAUCCUCACCAUCAUCAUCAUGUGUCAGAUUGCGUGUAAUUAUAGUGCAUUUCCAGCUUUCCCGUUUAUAUUCUUUGCUAUUCACUGCCACGGUUUUACUUUUACUUUUAUUAUUAUUAUUAUUAUUAUUUUGGAUCUCUACCUGUAUCCUUCCAGCAUUUGUCAUUCUUACCUUUCUCAUUAAUUAACACCGAGGAUGGCGAUAUAUGAUGCAAUAUUUACCUCUUCGCUUCCUGCUUCAAUUCUAUCUAACCAACCGGCCUCUCUCCCCUUCUUUUUUUCUCUUCCUUUCUUUUCUUCAAGGUUCUGGGUCGAAUCUCGUCUAACCUAUUCGUGCCUAUAUCCCCCCCUUUGUUUAUUUGGAUGAGGCGUUAAGAAACUUGCCAGUUAUUGCCAUGGCUUUGGUUUAUUAGUCUAGUUGAGCGUUGCUUGCUUGAGAUUGUAUAAUAUAGAAUAAAUAAUAAUACUAGAUAUAUAGUGGUAAUGAG